CAGGCUCACGCGGCAGAGAGACGAGGAACCGGCAAAUGCGCUCUCCCGAGGGGUCCGUCAAGAUGGCGGCCCAGGGGCAGUUGCUGACCUGGGAUAUUUCACCAAAAAAUGGCAGUGAAGUAUUUUUCUCACAUGAAAUUUAUGAAAAAUAUUCUUUGGCUCCAAGCUUGUCUGAACUAUGGCAUUUAUCAAACAGAGAGGCAAAGAAAAAUGUGGAGGCAUUGGCAAACUCUUCAGAAAACAGACAGACUUGUAGCAUGCAGGCUGCAGAUCCAGUUGAGGUGGAGGCUAAAAGCACAACUGAUGAUCAUCCUUUUCCAGAACCUAGACUCCCCUAUCCAUUUACCUCUUGUUUGACUGAGAAGGAGCAGAAAACAUACUUAUAUCUGAUGACUAAGUACUCAAAAAAAAUAAACCAUUUUCAAGUUAAUGCAGCAAGUCAAAGAGAAUUAUGCACGUAUCUGCAAAUGAAAGAAGUGGUAAACAAUGAAAUUGCAGAAUUUAUUAAAUUUGCCCAAAAUGCUGCAAAAAGCUGCUCCCAAGAUUAUGAUGCCAUCUCUGAAGAUGCACUGCGUUAUACUGAGGAAUUAUUUCGCGCUUGUAUUGGACAUGUGCAAAAGUAUCCUGAGUUUUACACGCUCCAGGAGAUCAUGAGUAUCAUGGGAGGAAAGUUUCAUACGCAGUUGACCUUUAGGCUGGAAAAAAAUCUUCUUGUGAUGGGUACAGCAAGACGUGGUAAAACAGAUUUCCCUACCAUGACUGUUCAGCUGCCCACAGAUUAUAAAACUGUUACAUCUAUUAUAACUCCAGAAAAAAAGGCUUCUAUUAUGCAUGAUGAUAUUAGCUCAGAUUCAAAUGCAGAAAAACUUGCUUUGAAGUACUGUCCUCAAGUUGUUUUAAGUAAUCAAUCAUUAUUUACUUUACUGAAUAAUCAUGGACUAAACUACAAGGAACAAUGGGAAAUUCCAGUUUGUAUUAAGAUGAUCCCUGUUGCAGGUAGCAAACCAGCUAAAGUGGUUUAUGUUGAUUCACCCCUGCUGAGAAAGGAAAUGACAGUAAGAGAGAGGAACCAAAUCUUCCAUGAAAUUCCAAUGGACUUCCUAGCAACUAAAACAUCUUACGUUUCGAUUUCUGAUGUAUCCAUGGACAAACCAGAUGAGGACAAUUUCUUUCAGUGGGAUAUGUCUUCUGAUACCUACCAGUACAGGAAGAUUCCUCUUCCAGAUGACACAGGAAUGAACUUUGAUGAUGAUGUUACAGAACUGGAAACUUUUGGAGCAACUGCCAAGCUCUCAAGAACUUCUAAAAUGGAAAGUACUUUUCCUGCAGUUAGUAAAGUUUUAUCACAUGGCCCAAAAAUGGGGAAAAAAAAUACAUCCUCCAUAAACAGUGGAAGCGAAGAAGGAAAAAACACCACUUCUGAGCAAGGAGGUUCAGCAUGUGCCAGCAUGCAGCUUCCAUCAUUAGAUGGCAUUUUGUGCUUCAGCCCUGAAGAAAGUUCGUCUCAUAAAAGCUUUAAUUCAGAGGAGGUAGGACUGAACAAAGUACAGCAUAUCAUGACCAAAGAACUAUUGGACAGUAAAACAAAAUUAAAUACUCUAUCUAAUGCUGUUAGUGACAAGAAAGAGUCGCAUGCUGCACAAAAAAAAGAGACAUACAUUUCUUUAUGCAGUAGUGACACGGAUGAAGAGCGUUUGAUAAUUGAUACAGAAUGUAAAAACACUGAUUGUUACAAAACAACUAUAUCAAACACUAUUUCUCAUACCUCAGCAGAGACUUCCAAAUCACCUUCCCCCAACCAGAUUCCCUUAGCAAGCAUGACUGAUUGCUCAGAUAUCAUGGAUCGGGAAAAAAACGCCUCCAGAAAGCCUACAAGAAAGUUGUCAAAAGAAUUCGAUCCCGUUGGACAGAUUUUGAAAAUGCAAACUGAACUUCUCAAGUCACCUUCCCAAAAAGCUCAUGAGCAGCCAGUGGUGAGCUGUGAUAAUUCUAAUGCUAUGCCAGCCCUUGUGCCUCAAUCUCCAAAACCAUUGGUGACUUCAAGCACAGAAACCAUGCCAGCCCCUGCCUUAAAUCCCAGUGGCUCAUCUAGAAAUACCUGGACCUGGCUUUUUCAGGGAGUGCCAAAGAGAAAGCUGCCAAACAAACUUCAGAUGCUUGAAGAAGACCCUUCAGAGUAUAAAGCACCUCAGGAUGGCAACCUUGUGUAUAAGCUAUUCAGUUUGAAUGAUCUGUUGUUACUUGUGCGUUGCAGUGUGCAAAAAGUGAAGUCAUUGCCACGAUACCAUAAAAAGAAAAAAGCCCAAAAGCUUACUCCAAUAUUCCUGUUGCCAAAACUAGAAUACCAAGCCUAUUACGGUGUUGAAGCUCUUACAGAAAGUGAAGUAUGUCAGUUGUGGACAGAAAGUAUGUUGCAUUCUGAAUGCUUAUUUUAUAUUGGACGUAUUGAUGCUUUUACAUCAAAGCUUGUUAUGCUAGAAAAGAUUUCUCCAGAAAUUUUAAGAGAAAAACUUGGAUUGAUUAAGCCUGCAAAUUCAUUAAAUAUACUCCACCACAUUUUGAAGAAAGUGUCUGAUUUGCAGGAGGGCUCUUAUUUACUGACUCAUGCUGCAGGAGAUUCAUCAGUCGCAAUCUACAAGAGUUCUCUUGACAAGACAACAAGAGCAUCAUAUAACUUACAUAAAGCUCAUUGUGAUCUGCCUACUGUACCUGCCACUCUUUCAGUCCCGUGGGUGCCACUAGAUCCCAGCAUCCCUUUGCCCUAUCACAUGAAUCAUGGAAGAGUUCCAUGCACCUUUCCACCUGCACCCCAGGAAGCCAUGUGGAAACAGAAGAUGACUGGGGCGAAAGGACAAUCGGACACACCCUAUGAGGGAAAGCCAGUAGCUAUGGAAACAAAAGGCAAUCCAGCUAAGCCUGCUAGAAAUGAAGGUGUGGCUACAAAGAAGCUGAAGAAGAAUGACUGCAAGCAAAAAAUGAGAGAGAAAAAGUGGAAAAUGAAGUACAACAAAAUGCAACUAAAGUAGGAAUAGCUGAACCACACUGUGAUAAGUAUGGCCUGGAGAAGGACAAGACGAAAAAAAAUCUGAGGCUUUCUGGCUGCUUCAGAACAAGCUGGCAGGGGAAAUGGCUCCAUAGCUGAAACAUUCUAUAAGCCUUUAACCCUUACUGCAGUGGACACAUUUCAAGUGAAAAUCUCGAAUUCAGUCAGCAGAAAAAUAAGCAAGUGUCUGCAGCUGAGGUUAAGGGGACAAAAGUAUCUUUUGUUGGUCUCAUGAUUUUUGUAGAAAAACUACAGCUGAAAGAAUGAAGCAGUGGUUGACAGCAGUAUCUGAUAUCAUGUAACAACAAGAAAAAGAACUUUUCAGCUUUCUUAAUUCUUCCGGAAUCACUGCAGAUUUUUAUUCUGACAUAUUUUAAAAUUAUAUUUUACUUAGUGUAAUGUGCAUAAGGGGAACAACUUGGAUUUAAUUUAUUAAUCCUUUUAACACACAGUGUCUACCAGUUUUUAAAUUACUUAUAAAAAUACAUAUUUUUUUUUUUUAGGAUGGUGUAAAAAAUGAGGUUUGGGGAACAAAAGCUGUGUUCAUUUGAAUAGUAUGUGCCAUAAAUUUGCACUUGGAAACUUAAGAGUACAGCUAAACAGUUAAAAUAUGUAUUUUUAUGCUUCCCCAAAACAAUUUCCAAAAAAUUGUUUGGAUUCUCGCCUGUCUUCAAAAAUGAAUAUUGCGAUGAUUUACUGUAUUACUGAAUGGCUACAGCCUAAAUCUCCUACCAGAUUGCACAUUGAUAGGCCAUAGUGCUUACCUGAGGUAUUAAGGUUUGCCUGGAGGAACAAGUGAUAGGAUCAGGGCCUUAGUCAUCAUUCCAAAAACCCAACUGGACUAUGCUGUACAUCAGCAGUUUGCUUAAAAUUUAGAGCCAAACUAUAAGAAUGAAGUUAGGAAAGGAGAAUACUUAUUGUCUAUGAAAAGGCCAAGCAAUGUGAUGACAUGUUGUUUCCUAGUGAAUACGAGUUGUGUGGAAAAAUUAAAGUUGUUUUUAAUGUUAGUAUAUGAACGCAUUGUAUUCGGUGAUGUGUUUGUAACUAACAUGAUUGCUUGUGAGGGAAGAUUUCUCUGCAUUACUGCUAUUUUAUGGUAUAUACUUUCAGUGUUUUAUCAAACAGAAUUUCAACAGAAACAAUCCUUGAAAUUGAGGCUCAAAAUUAUAUUCUGUAUCAUCGCUUUUGAUAUGUGUUUUAUGGAUUUCUGCCUAUAUUUUCCUUUAUUAAAGGCAUUAUUUUUAGAAGAGCACAUGAAUUCUUGAAAACUACAAGAAUGAGUCCAAUAAAUUCUUUCCCAUUUUUUCCUGUUAAACAACAAAAACAACUAUUUUAUAAUGUUUGAGCCAAUUUUUGUUUGGAUUAUGUUUUGGAGAGCUGUUUUUGUAUGCAUGCUUAAGCUGCUAACACAAAAACCAAAGGUCUUAAAGAUGUUCUUCCAAGUCUUUUGUUUGGACUAAGGAAGUUACCAAGUACACACAUCCGAUCAAGCAUUCUUCUGCUCACUGGGGCUUGAUGUGACACAUUGUAAUGUCAUGAAAGUAAAAAUAAAAUACUUAAAUUGUUUACUGGGGUAUACCUGUUAGAAAAUCCUGAAGAUUUUUUUUUUAAUGUACAUUCAUUGUUUAAGUCUGCUUUAAAAAAUGUUCUUUGUGAAAUACAAAGCAUUUUCCAGUAUUUUUUCCCCCCACUGUUAGAUAUAUUUAUAUUAUUAUUCAGUUUAUUCUUUUUUUGGCCACUGCUUCUUUUUGCUGCGGUGAUAUGCUAAUGACAAGCUGAACUGGCAUAGAGCUGUUUGCAAAUUACAAGUAAUUCUGAUUUGAAAUACUAAAUGCACUUAGUGACCUUUCAUAAUAGGAAUAUUUUAGCUGUGAGUCAUUUUUGCCAGAUAACUAAUUCUGGGGAUUCCAGGCAGUUUUCAGUUUGUAUAUAUAAAAACUAUUGCCAGAUUUGUAUGGAAUUUAGUUUCUCAAUGCAGUUUCAUGUGUUAGAAAUGUACGAUCUGUUCGCCUGUUUAUCUAUAUGUGUGAAAGACUUCCAUCUUUCUCUUAAUAGUGUACUAUUAUAUGCUAGUAUACUAAUUAAUUGUAGUUUCGUCUCUGUUUAGAAUAGUUAGGGAAUCUGGAGUUUGUAUACAACACUGAGAUGGCUUUUUAAUUCACUGUUAUGUUUUAUUUGAUUGUUCUCUUUUGGAUUAAGUGGGACUGAAGCAAUAUGCUCUAAGAUGAGUUAGGUGUUUGAAAGACUUUGGUUUUGUUCGUGUAUCAUAGGUGGGAGUACCAAAGUAUGCUCCAUUUAUAUUUGCAUCUAAAAUAAAAUUGUUUAAGGAGUUUGAUAAGAGUAGAAGGGAAAAGGGAUAGCAUGUUUAUUUCAGGCAGUAGCAUCUGAAAUUUGAAAGAAAAUGUCUAAGUAAAAUAAUUGGUAAAAAAGACUUGGUAAAGCCAGAAGAUGUGCUGGAUAUUAGUUGCUGGAUCACUGGUUCUAUAUAUAGACUGCUCCUGAAGUGACAGUUACCUGUGGAGGAGAAUGAAGGAAUACAGGGGAGCCUGACUGUUGUAAUGCCACCAAAAGUAUGAAUUCCUAAAUGUAACACAGAUUGUAAAGCUGUGGGAAGCAGAAAACUACAUCUUAUGAAGAGUGAAGGGGCUUGCAUCUUACUCUCCAGCAUAGCAGCUGGAAGCACAGAGAACUGGGACCAAGUGACCAGGCAUCCAUUCCUGUGCUGGCAGGUGGGAGCUGCCAACAGCAAGUGUGUCCAGCCCUAUGCAGUGAAAUUCAGUAGCAGACAUUGAACCAUUUGAAGAGAAGAGCCAAAAGGAAAAGUAUACCAAUAUUGUUCACCAAAGCAAUAUAAUCCAUCACCCAAGCCAGCUUCCUUAAAUUAUCAAUAUAAUUUAUGAAGAAAGAAAAAGAGCAAGCUCUACUAUGCCAGAUACUGUCAGAAUUCUUUGCACAAAGGACUCUGGGAAGCUCAGGUCAACAAAAGCACGCUCUCUUUGAUUUCUGUGGUCAGCAUGCAGGAAGCCGGAGAUCGCAAAUAG